AUGCCCAAAGCCAGCACUGCUCCAGGGAUCCCCUUUUCCGGCGGCGCCGGGAUUCCAAAGAGAGCCUUUCGGCGGAGAAACGCGCCUUUCGCCACCCCCUCAGCGGGAGCGCCCCGGCCCGGCCCGGCCCGGCCCCCGCCCCCGGGGAGUCCCUCGCGGCCCCGGCGGGGUCCCGCUCCCGCGGCCGCCCCUCACCCGUGGGCGCCGCUCCCUCCGCCCCGCUCGCAGGGCCGCGCUGUCGGCCCAGCUGCCUCCGAGCGCUUCCGCCCGGGUCACGGGCCGCUUCCGCCCGUGCGGCGCCCGUGCUCCCGGCGUGCUGCGCGCGCCGAGCGGUGCAUGCUGGGGCGCGUAGUUCCCGGGGGCACGCGGGUCCGCCAUGUCAGGGCUCGGGGGUGUGGGCCGACGGCGGCUGAGCGUGGGGGAACGGGCGCCCGGCUGGCCAGGGAGGCCCGUGGCAUCUUGGCUUGUGUGGAGAAUAGCGUGGCCAGCAGGAGCAGGGCGAAAGAAUGUUCGACACUGGAAUGGACUGCCCAGGCCUGCCGCGCCUCCGCCCCCGCCUCCGCAUGGCUGCGGGGCGCCGCGCAGCCCGCCUGCCGCCUCCGCGCCGCUGCCGCUGCGAGGCCCCGACAGGUUGCAUCUUUUCAAGGAGUGGCUGUCCGCAGCCUCAGCACAUCCUCCCCUCAUGAUCACCCAGAACAUGGAAGAUUAGUUUAUAAAGGAAAUUUGGCAAAGACAGUGUUGGGUGUGAAGUUUUUCUCUUACUCCACGAGCAUAUUCAACCUGCUCAUGAUGCCCUACAUCAUGUUCAAAAGUGGCAUUGGAGUGGAAAGUUUGCUGGUCCAAGCUGCCUUUUAUGGGCUGAUCGGGAUUUUUACAUUUGUCACUCCGGUUACUUUGCAUCUCCUUACAAAAGGUUACGUGAUCCGGCUCUAUUAUAAAGAUGAAGUGGACACCUAUACAGCCAUUACCUACAAUGCCAUCUUGGCAGAAAAAGCAACUGUUUUCCAUCAGAAAGAUGUAAAGAUUCCAGACAUCUCCAAGAUGUUUACAACAUUUUAUGCUAAAACAAAGUCAAUGCUUGUUAAUCCUACACUUUUCCCAAAUCCUCAGGAUUAUAACCAUCUCAUGGGCUAUGACAAAUCCUCAUUUUUUAAAUUUGAGGAUUUAGAGGCAGUAAAGGAAGCUGAUGAAAGGAAAUAAUUUGAAGAUAAUGUCAAGUAUCAUUGUCCAUAAUGCAGUACUAUGUAUGUGAAAGAAUGUAAAAAUCUAUUACAUUUGCUUAAGUAUCCGGUAGCUGGAGGUUUCCAUAUGCAUUUUGGAAUGUAUAAAAAGAGACACUUUUAAAAAAUACUGCAAACAAUGUGAGGAUUUCUUUAGAGUUAAUGACAAAAUAUAGUAAAAAAAGAAAAGAGAUGCUUAGUCCUGUCUUUUGUUUGUUUAUUCUUGGUUUGAUCGUUGGUGUUAGCUCUCCAGAGAAAUAUAAAAUGCAUGAGCUGUGUGGCAGUCUCACCACCUCUGUGUCAAAAGACACUCAUUUCCUAUCAAGUAUGUAGUUAAGAUGUUAAGUCUUAAAUAUUAAUUGUACUUAAUCUAAAGAUACCAGGCUUUUUGUUGCUGCUGGUGAUGGUAUAGAGGGAGUGAUCGUGGCUUUCCCUUCCCUUUGUGAGACCAUCAGUAGCCAGGAGCAGUCUCUGGAAAGCAGACAGGUAUUCUUGUGAAUUCCUGCUACAACUCCCUCCCAGAGGAGAGAAGAACAUGGGGAGAAUGCCUGUGUAUUUAUAGAGCAGUCAGUUCUAGCUUCUCAAAGGUACUCUCAGGUAAACUAAAGUCCCACUCUGAGCAACCCUGUCCCCAAAGGUGGAGAGCAAGAAGCUUCUCUUCUUAAGCACCGUGACAUAAGACUUGCUCUGAGCAUCCCACUGACAAGAGGUGCUGUCUUUGAAUCAACAAAGACAAUUCUAGCAGCUAAUGGUUAAAAUGGAUUCUCUCAGUAUUUACAUAAGGUGGGGAAGCAAUUGUGCCUUUAAAGAACACAUCUCUUGAUUUUCAGCAGUGUGAAGAAAGCCACUUUUCACUCAACUUGAGACGGGGAGUCUUUUUGUGGUACUAGACUGGUUCUUCUCCCUUGAGUGUGUCAAAGUUGGAUUUAAAUUUUUGAGCUGAAGGCACAUAAACUGGCAGAUACUUGUUUUCAAAGAAUGAAGGGCCUAAAUAUUUUGAGACAUAAAAGUUACUGAAUUGAAAAAAAACCCAAAAUUAAUCCUUUUGUGUUAACAGUGCCCUUUGUAAUAAGAAGAUCUGAUACUUGCUAGUAGUCAUCCUGAUCCUGCAAAUAAAAAAUUAUAGCUAACUUUCAAGCUCUUUCCUAAGUUGUGGCUGAAAAGAACUGUAUUUACAAGUCUAAAUGUCUUCCAAUACUAUUAUUUCAAUUUCCUUUUCUAGGAUGACACCACACAUGAUAUUAAACAAGUGUUUUGAAUGUUGCUUUUCUGACUGCCCUCAAUGUACUUCCUUAGUAAUUAAAAAGCAAAUUGUCCCAUCCCAAUAUUUUUGAAGCAGUUUUUUUGUAUUGGUACAACUAUAAUUUUAAAAGGGUGAUAAAGUCUUGUUAAGCCAGUAUCAUUCCAUGGGUAGCAAUAAUAUAUAAAUAAAGUUUUCAUAAAAUUAUA